AUAUCCUUACGGAGAUGUUCUGUGCUUGUUUCAGGAUUUUGAGUAUUAGAGCCCGCAUCUAGGCUUUCUUUCCUGGGCACUGAAUUUACAGCAACCGGGCGAGGUAUAAGCGAUGGUGAGCUGCAGUGGUCAUUCGACAUGGCGAUAUGAUAUCCCUGUGUUAAAAAGCACACCGCUUUAUGCCUAGAUGGUCACGAUGACUUCAAAGCUUGCUCAGACUAAGCCACGCCCGUACCGUACCAUACACCUAGGCAAUAUAUAUCAGCGAGAACUAAUAACCACUUAUACUGAUAUAACUUCCACUGUUUGUCGUCUUUUGAACUGUCGACAUGAUCUCCCAAUGUGACUUGCAAGGCGGCGUUGCCCACGAGGAAGGAGAGUUUGCAGGAAGCAAAUAUAGGUGCAAACAGUGCAAACAGUCUUUAGCUAUCAGGUGACAUCAUCCAGAGCGGUUCCAGCACGCUUUAGGCACCUUCACCUUCGUCGAUUUCGAGUCACCAAAUAACAUCUAAAUGUACGGUCUACGGCCGGCCUGCUUCUUGUUUUUUCUAUGGAUUUAGUUGGAAAUAUAUGGAUAUUUUUAAGUAGCAUAUAUGUUGAGCCACUGGCUACUUCUUUCUUGUCCACCCAAGUUAUGAAAAUUGCCCAUGAUCUCAACAGCCGUGGCCUUUCUAGCGGUCAUUUUGAACCAACUGCGGUUCUAGCUUAUUGAGGAAUACUGGAGGGAGAAUGGGAGGUUGGCCAUUUUUGUUGGACAGUUGAUCAAGAGACUUUAGUGAAAUCCCCGGUUAUGAACUGCCACGUAUGCGAUCGUGGGCCUAACUCCCAGCUUCAUCUUCUGUGCCCGACGUGUUCCCGUAACCGGCUCUACUCUCUUCGCUUCGAUCAUGCCAGGGUUUUAUUGGAAAAGGAAGCCAUUGGGAAGGAAAUCGAAGCUGCAGUGGUGACUAAGAAGACACAUAAUGCUGAACCUAUGGAGGAUGGGCGCCCGGGCGACCUGGGAUCUCGGCAACGCUCGUCUCGCUGGGCCAUCCAAGCAGCCAAAAGUCGUGCUUCGCAGUCGACCGCGAGGACAUCGGCGAUUUUCGACCAGAUAGCUACAUUAAGGGAAGAAAUAAGAGAAGGGAGAGAAGACAUCGCCCAUCGCAGAUCUUUACUCAAGAAGCGACGAUCAGAUGUAGAAUCCGCUACAUAUCAACUGACAGACCGACGAGCUUCAAGUUUGGCUACGGUGCAAAAUAACACCAAGAGAACCGAGCACUUAUGGAAUAAUCUGCAUAAUAAAACUGCACAGUCUAGGGUUUUCCUGUGUCGCGAGGCUGCCAAUCUUUAUCGUUUGCGCCAGAGAACGAGGCGGAGAAAUGGCGAGCUCGUUGCAGUUUACACCAUUGGAGGGGUCAGUAUUGUUGAUCUCAGGGACCUGAACGGUGCAAGUCACGUCCACAUUACCACGUCCCUUACCUACAUCGCCCAUCUCUUGGUUCUCGUUUCGCAUUACCUCUCCCUCAGGCUACCUGCAGAGAUAACACUGCCCCAUCGAAAUUACCCACUACCCACUAUAUUUCCGCCAUCAUCCUCAUAUUUGUCACAAGAAGCAAUAUUCCCCGGCACAUCGCUUUCUCAAUCAUCCCCGUCGAGUCCUACAGCUUCUCGGACUACGGACACCAGACCGCCUCCUCGUCCAAGGCCACUCUAUAUCAACAAAUCUUUACCGAAGCUUGCACAAGAAGACCCUGCGGCUUAUGGGUUGUUCCUCGAGGGAGUUGGGCUCCUAGCUUGGAACAUUUGUUGGGUUUGUCGUACUCAAGGACUGCAUGUUGUUGUUGACUCCUGGGAGGAUGUUUAUGAUAUGGGCCGUAACUUGUGGACGUUACUUGUUGCACAGCCAUCCCAAUCGUCAGCCUUCACUAGAGUGUUAUCAAACCGGGAUAACCACGCAAAACUUCAGGGCUCUGAUAAGGAUUCCCCCAAACCAACUAUCCAGCGAACCAGGUCCUUGUCAAUGCUUGGCCAUUAUUCUCAUGGAACGGCACAUUCAUUCCUUGGAGGCGCGGAAGGAACUGAAUUUAUGAGAAAAUGGAAGCAGCCUUCCACAGCUAAGGUCGUUGACAAGCUGAAAUCUGUUCUCCUAGGAGAAAUGGCGAGUGCAGAAUGGGAGUUGCUCGACAAAACAGAAUGGGAGGACGAAGAUUCCCAAAAGCAUAUUCUCCGGGAAGGAGAAGAACCUGCUCCGAUGGCUAUUAAAUCCCCUUCAGCUGUGACGGACGGCGUCCUAAGCGAUACCGCGAGCAUUGCCACUGCUAAAACACUGGAUGAAAACAACCUUGCCGAUGACAGCAUGACAAACAACCAUAAACCAAAGGGGACACGGGGGUGGACCAAGUUAAAGAGUAGAUGAAAUUACGCUCUCUGUUUUGUCAAGAAGUUAAUGUCGCCCUACAUCAGCAAUGAGUUCGAGCCUAUCUGAGCAUUUGGGCUAAUCCUCGUGAGAGGAUUUCCCACCAGGAUAUUCCUGGAUGACAUGUGCAAGCCAUACAUACCUAUGGCAGAUGUCCUUUGUAUGGAUUGGUGUAACGAACUCUCGAAACCAUUUCUUAAGCACCUGCCCCUUCGACCUAUACAGGAUUCGAACUUGAUAUGACACAAUGAAAUGAUAACAAGGUUAUCAUUUCAACCCCUCUCUGUAUUCCAAAAUGGUCUAAUAGCUCGCCUUCUUGUCACCAACCCCACCAUACUCCCCACCCAUUUUGAGAGGAGACAUUCAGUUCCACGACACUAGCGUUUCAGUUACACCUGCCCACCUCGAUAGUAGCAAUAUUGGCAGCUGGAAUUAGCAGCGGGAGGAGAAGAUGCAGUAUGUAGGAUCCGAGGAGAUAGCCACAGAGCACCCAUUUCUUCGGGAAAAUUUUGACAGGGGGGCCACGCUGGGAUCUACAAUAGCAUCUAAGCAUUUAUGCUAUUAAGGAAAUUGGGGGGGGGAGCGGGGGGGGGGGGGGGGUUCCUUAUCUAUCAGCGGACACAAACAGUUUCCAAAUAUGAUACCAAGGCGCCUCCGAAUCAACAGGAUCUUUUUUUUACUUUGGUUUUCAGACUUGUUUAGCAGUUCCUUUAGAUGAGGUUUGCUGAGUUGGCCACGUCUGGAAUGGGUAUGGAUGUAUGUAUAAUAUUAAUGAACCAUAAUAACAAACUAUCCAAUUAUAUUGAUUUCAAUUCAGUUAAGAGAGGGAAUAGAUGUGUUGAAUUCAAGAUAAGACCAGCUAUUGGCAGAAAAGUGCUUAGUAAUUAAUAAUUAUUCAUUCUUUUACUGGUGAAUAGAUAUAGAAAUGAGAUAUGUACUGUACUUCUAAGAUAGUUAGAUGAUCAUGAUCAUUUCUCUCACAGAAUCUCUCAGAUGAGUGAGAAACUCUUGGGUUAAAUCACAUACAAAUCA